UGUGAAAGGUAAAUAAGUAGAGUGAAAAUGGCGUCUUUGGAACCGCUUCAGAAUAAAACUUGGGAUUUAUCCUUGUACGAGCUGCAUCGUACGCCACAGGAUGCUAUUACGGAUAAUACGGAGAUUGCUGUUUCACCCCGUAGCUUGCACAGUGAGUUGAUGUGUCCCAUAUGCUUGGAUAUGCUGAAGAAAACGAUGACAACAAAGGAGUGUUUGCAUCGUUUCUGUUCCGACUGCAUCAUCACAGCUCUCAGGUCUGGUAAUAAGGAAUGCCCUACUUGCCGAAAAAAACUCGUUUCAAAACGUUCAUUACGUCCUGAUCCCAACUUUGAUCUUCUGAUAUCAAAAAUCUAUCCCAGUAGGGAUGAGUAUGAGGCGCACCAGGAGAGAGUUUUGGCCAAGUUCAAUCAAAGUCAUUCACAACAAGCACUUGUGCAUUCUAUUAACGAGGGCAUUAAAUUGCAGUCACAAAAUAGACCAAAUCGUAAGCAGAAAAGUGAAAAUGAUUUGACCGCAGUUGCAGCAGCAGCAACAAACGCGUCUACACCUGCAGCUUCCUCGUCUGUGAAUCCCACACCAAACGUUACAAAUAGUAACGGGAAUGUUGCGGUUGCGGUCGCAGUCGCGGUUGCGGACACUAUAAAUCGCGAAGGAUCUUCCAAUAGCCAAGCCGGGGAAUCUGUGCCUCAGUCUUCGAAUCCUCCAUCGGUGAGAAGUACACCAUCGCCGGUGCCUUCAAAUGUAAGUUCGGCGAGCAAAGCCAAGCGCGCCCGGUCGGUUCUCACUUCUGAAAAGUCAGAGGAAUCUGAAAGCAACAGCGAGAUGGAUGGAAGAACUGAGGAAAAUGAUUCCAAUUUGGACACCGAGGGAGAAGGCAAUUCCGAGCAUGGUAGUGACGAAAUUGAACUCGUAUUUAAGCCACAUCCAACUGAAAUGGCUGGAGACAAUCCGUUGUUGAAGGCGCUCAAGGAAAACUCGGUCCGCUAUAUCAAAACCACUUCGAAUGCUACAGGUAAUUCUUCUGGGCAAACGGAAAGAUUGAAAUUUCCCUUCUCGAUAUGGGAUUUUAUGCGCUAGGGACUAUAUUCUGGCAAACGAUCUAAUUUCAAGCUUUUUUGUAAAGUGAUUACAUUUUGCUGUCAAAAUAUCUAGGAUGAAUGUUUAUAUAUGUAACAGAAUUAGGUAGUAGUUUAUACAAAAUUAUGCGAAACAAUUUUUCUAUGUCUAUGACUCAAACCUUUCCAUGGACAUGUUUAUUAAAGGUGCUUAAAACUC